ACUAAGUCCACAAGAAUCAGAAUUGGUUGAUUUCAUUUUGUAAAUGGAUAGUCAAUGUUGCGAUAGCAAUUAUAGCCACCACUGCCUUGUUUGGCGUCUCCAUCAUGAUGAUCAUCGGGAGAAUGAGAGCUCAGAGUUAAAAGUUUUACCUGCAACUAUGGCCUCUUCAAGCCAUAGGGGAGAAUCAUGGAAUUCACCCACAUCUUUCUCCAUUGAAAACAAGUUUUGCCAUUGUAAUCGCAAGGCAACCGUGAUGAUAUCAGAGAGUGAAAAGAAUCUGGACAAGUUGUAUUUCCGUUGUGCAAAGUGCAGGUAUUUUGAAUGGUAUGAUGGAGGUGAAAAAGAAGAAGUAAAUAGCAAAAGAAGCAACCUCAAUGCAAAGAGACGACUAGUUAAUAGUAGAAACCGAGAUGGCAUUCCAGUCAAGCAAGUUGAGGGGCCAAUGCAAGAGCCAAAGUAAUUUCUGAAACCAAGAGCCUCAGGGAAUGUGCUGAUCAUCAUAAACCUCACACUAUUAGCUAUAUUUAUUUUCAUUCAAAUAUUUAUUAGCUAUAAACCUCACUCUAUUAUAAAAUCAAUUCAAUGAACUCAUGUUAAUCUGCUGCAAGAUUGUACCAACUAAAUGAUGCCCUUUCUGGUGAUAGGAGAUUCAUACCAGAAGGCUAAGUUAGUUGGAAUUCUUUUAAGCACCAAUGUAAACCCAUGUACAUAGCUUUUUAGAUUUCAGAGUGAAGUAAUGAAUAGCUUCAUUAUUUCUUAGUC